AUGACAUGGAAUACAGCCAAGUGGGAGCAAAUUGCGGUACUUGUUGAGCACACUUUUCCUGUCUAUGCCAUUGCAAUAUCACCGAAUGGCCGCAUCCUUGCAAGUGCAUCUUUCGACAGUACAGCGCGAUUGUGGAACCUCGACGAUGGACAACCCACCAGUCCAUCCCUCCAGCAUGCACGACCAGUUCAAUACGUAUCAUUUUCGGACGAUGGAAAGCUACUAGCAACUGGCUGCUCGGACCAAAACGCGUAUACAUGGGAUGUUGCUGCGAUUGUUCGAGAAGCGGGACUCAACGACCUUCUUUCGGAUCCAAAGGCCAACAAGUUGGCGCUCCAUGCAGAUGCUACACGACGUCCGCCUGCUUAUCGGGUACCCCAAGGCUUUUUCGAUGGUGCCCCACCAGAUGUUUCUCAAUUCUCUGCACUAAGCGGCCCCCAAUCCUCCUCAGAACCGCAGGGAAGCACACUUCUUCGUCGCUUAUUCUACCGCAGCCCUCCAAAUGCCCAUGAUACGUCACCGUCCUCCCCUUUCAAGUGGGCUCAAGCCCUUUUGAAACGGCCCAGACAAAGUAGUGAAAGCGCUGAGUUGCAAGGGCGUGGCCAAGUUGCCGAGGUUCCGUACGCAAAGGGCAAACGUCCCAAUGUCGCUAAGCCAUCUUCGCAACAACAGGCAACUGGCUCCUCAUCGUCUACCACACCUGCUGCCGGUGAUAAUACCGCGGCUACGAAUUCAGCGCCCUCGCGCCCUGAUGUAAUUCUCAGACAGGCUGGACUCUGGACUCGCUUCUGGCUCUUCAUUGGUUGUCUGUCUCCUGAAUACCAGGAUGGUCGUCAUUAA